AUGCGAUCAGUCCUCAUCGUUAGCAGCCUGCUAAUUAGUAGAGCGUUUUGCGAGGAGCGCGACUGUGCAAGCAAUAUCUGCCUGAACGGUGGGUCGUGUCGUGUGGACGACGUGACGCGACGAUUCGCAUGUCGAUGUCUGCCUGGAUUUUCUGGAUCGCUUUGUCAAGAAGUGUGCAACCUCCAAUGCGCGAAUGGUGUUUGCGUGAAAGGAGCGUUCGGAAAGGAUCAAUGCCAAUGUACACAAGGUUGGUCUGGAGCGUUGUGCCAAGUGUCUGGAUCGUCGUUGGAGGGAUGUAUAAAAACUGAAGAUUGUGGUAUUGGAGAACGGUGUGUUGAGAACGAUCAUGGCCUCAAGAUUUGUACAGGUGAUCCAUGCAAGUCACGACCUUGUAAGAACAACUCUACUUGUAUAGCCGACAAUGAUUCUUUUCUAUGCUUAUGUCCUCCUGGAUUUGCUGGGAGACUAUGCGAUACUGAUGUGAAUGAAUGCGAACUUAUGCCUUGCCAGCAUGGUGGUACGUGCAUUAAUAUAGAAGGAUCAUUCGAAUGUCUCUGCGAGAUGAGGUUCACCGGACUACGAUGUGAAAAUGAGGUGGCGACCUGUGCUGCAAAUCCAUGCUUGAAUCAGGGAACAUGUAUCGACACGCAAAAUGGCUUCUACUGCAUCUGCCCUCAUGGUUUUGAAGGAAAAACAUGUCAGAACGAGAAGUCAUCAUCUGCAUGCAAAUGUGAAAACCCUUUUCAUAUUUGCGCGUUAGUGAAUGGUAAACCAACAUGUGCUUGCCCGCAAGGAUUUACUGGUGCAAACUGUACGGAUAUCGUCCGUGAGUGCGAUUCGAAGCCAUGUCGCAAUGGAGGGCGGUGUCAGGACGUUCCUGGCGGCUUUCGUUGUUACUGUGCGCCUGAUUUUGGUGGAGAAAUUUGUGAUACUGCAAUACAGUGCUUGGUUGAUGGAAGUCCUUGCCUCAAUGGUGGCCGUUGCAUUCGUGGAUUGUCCGAGAAUCAUUGCGAAUGCGAUGGAAACGUUACUGGACGGCAUUGCGAACAAACGUUUGUAACACCAACUUCUGAACCUUGCGACCCGAACCCCUGUCUGAAUGGAGCUACAUGUCAUGCCGAUGGAAGUUUUGCAAUAUGCAAAUGCCUCAAAGGAUUCAGUGGAAACACAUGUGCAGUCCAAGAUACGCUUCCCACAUGUGACCCAAAUCCAUGCAAGAAUGGAGGCAAAUGUCAGCUUAUUAAAGAUCUGCCAGAAGAUAGGUUGUUAUGUAACUGCGCCCCUGGAUUUGAAGGAAACUUUUGCGAGCAUCCGCUCUCUGAGUGGGAGUCCAAUGUGGAAGAAAUCACGUCAUCUUCAUCUCCGAGGUUGAUGGCAGUGACAAAUUUGACAAAUGCUGUAACGAACGUGACAGAAGUCACUACUCUACCAGCAGCAACGACUCUAACAUCAAAUUCCAACACAACCCAGGCCUCUUCUUGUUCUUCGUGUGUAUACUCUGACAAAUGUGUGGAAUCAUCAUCAGGUACGAUCUGUGUAUGCCAUUCUGGUUAUCAAGGACCUCAUUGCGACCAGCCUGGGGAGCCGUGCGAUUCUGUCAUGUGUCCACGUUCACUAAAAUGUCGUCCGUUAAUUACUAUUGGAGACAUCCGUACGAGAUGUGAUUGUCAUAUAGGGUUUACUGGUCGCGAAUGCCAACGGAGUACUGUGGGGUCAUUUGAUGAAAACAGUCUGUUUAUCCAUCAAAGUCCCAGUGUUAUGAUAGGGUCCUCAUCCGGUCCACUACCGUACAAUCUCAGUUUUUCCAUGAAAACUACUGUACCUUCCGCACACAUCGUCUCAGGAGAGAAUAUAUUUGGCCAGAGACUGUUCUCCAUAACUUUGAAUAAGGGAUACCUUGUCGUCACAAUCCAGGGGAUCGCUUACAGAAAGCUUAUUCCAUUUACAAUCAACGAUGGUAGCUGGUAUACUUUGAGGCUGGUGAAGAACGAAGAGGACGUGGUCAUUUCUGCUGUGAACGAGGACGGCUAUCAACUCGUACUACAAUCGCUACCCCGACAGACGACUUUCGACGUCUUCGCCACACGUUUCGGCAAAACUUCCGACUCCGAGUACUUCGUCGGCUGUGCGGCUGAUUUCAUCAUAGGUGACAGUGACAUCGAUCUUGCCACAUCUAGCCGAGGCACUGGAAUAGCGCACGGUUGCCAACAUAGAGAACAUUGCUCGAAAAACCCAUGCUUAAACGGUGGAUCAUGCUUGGAUCUCUGGACUCAUUCGUCUUGUGUCUGCCAGCCACCAUUCUUGCCUCCUUUCUGCAUGCACUCACUGCCUCCCAGUACAUUUGGACAUAACAAUCAGACAUCGUUUGCUGAAAUUCAGAUCCCUUUCGAAGUCUCCCAAAAUCUGCGAUUCUCCACCAAAAUCCAGAUGAUUCUGCGCUCAAAUCGACUAGAUGGUGCGGUUUUGUUUCUGGGUGAAACUGGGGACGAAUUAUCGACCUUCACUUCAAUCUCUCUAAGAGACGGACACGUUCUUGUACGUUCUCGUGCUGGAGGGAAGUCAGUCCAUGAGUUAGAGUCUCACAAAAUCGUGAACGAUAACAAGGACCACAUCAUCCAGGUGUAUCGAGAGCGACGACAAGUUCGGCUCGAUAUAGAUGGGAAACUUGACUCGGAGGGGACAAUACCGUCACGAUUCGAUCAUCCGAUGUUUGCAGAAAAACUGCAGCUUGGGAGCUCUCGAGGGGUGCCAAAGGAUGCUUUCAUUACUGAUGAUAAUUUUAAAGGAUCUCUCCAAGACAUACGUAUAAACGAUAGAUCCGUGGUUCUCCAUCAACAACCAUCCUUCGAACUUGAUAUAUUGAGUGGAGUCGCAAAGCUAGAAAAUAUACUCGAGGGUUCAAUUUCGGAUGAUAUCUGUGGCCUACGGAACCAGUGUGUUCAUGGGACGUGUCACAAUACCUUUAAUGACUUUGAAUGCCGUUGUAGUAAUGGCUUUUAUGGUAGAAUGUGUGAACGCAAGGACUAUUGUUCUAGUGCGCCCUGCCCUCUAACUGGGGAGUGCAAAAACGUCGGAGAUGGUUUCAUUUGUACAUCGCCUUUAACAUUGAAAAGAAACAGUGAAAUGGUCUUCAAAAUGUCCGAACCCAAUGAAACCAGUUCAGUUGUCAAGUUCUCUAUAAGAACUCACUCCCGAGAAGGUCACGUGCUUACAGUGGAAACGAACAAUACUUUGGUCAAACUCACGCUGGCAAACGGACAACUGGCUGUGGCCGGUACGGCCUCCAUUCCGAUUCGGAAAACCGUCGCGGAUGGCCAGUGGCAUUCGGUUGAGCUUAAUAAAGGCGUUAUUUACGUCGACUCAGCUAGUUAUGGUCUGCCACCUGCAGUCCAGUUGCCGGACCGUAUUUGGUCAGGAUCACUUCGCUUCGGCUCAGCUGGUGUGCCAUCCUUUGAAGGUUGUCUGAGAGAUGUCUCCGUAGGCGACUUGCCUCCGCUGUCGUUUUAUAGAGAGGAAGAAUCUGGACACCCGGGCAAUGUCACGUUCUGGUCUGUUGAGAAGCGCGUAAAGGUGGCUACGACAUGUCUGUCUUCGCCACAGUGUGGCAGCGCAUCUCCUUGCAUUCGUGGAGAAUGUCGCGACCUAUGGAACGCAUACGCAUGUAUUUGUCCAGCCGGAUUUGAGGGAGCGCUGUGUGAAGUUAACGUAGACGACUGUGUGAAGGUGGAUUGCGGACGCGGCUAUUGCGUGGAUGGUGUUGGUAAAUCAAGAUGUCAUUGCGAUCCUGGGUUCACAGGCGAGUCAUGCGAUGCUGAAAUAGAUAUGUGCGCUACAAUGCCUUGUAAAAACGGAGCCGUUUGUACUUCUUUGAACGGAACCUUCGAAUGUGAAUGCAAAAAUGGAUGGGUAGGAAAGACUUGUGAAAUCCAAGAUGAGCCGCUAUGCACUGAAAACAUGUGUCGAAAUGGUGGAACUUGUGAAAAUAAUGGUUCCGGUGCUGCGUGUUCAUGUCAACCAGGGUUUGCCGGGCGCUUCUGUGAUGAGCUUGAAAAUCCUUGCGAAAACAGACCAUGUGCACACGGGUACUGUAAAGCAAAGACGACAUCAUUUGAGUGCGAGUGUGAAGAAGGAUAUUCUGGCAAAACGUGCACUGAAAUCACUGACAAGUGCACAAAAACUUCGUGCAACGGCAACGGACAAUGUUCUCCAGUAUGGAAUUCAACAAUCUGUACCUGUAACAAACGUUGGCGAGGUGCGAGUUGCAACCAGUUGGUUGAUGAAUGUAUGAAGAUUCCAUGCGAUAAUGAUGGUAUAUGUGAAUCUGGAGAAAACGGAUUUGUAUGCCAUUGUUUGAAAUACUAUAUGGGUGAUCGCUGUGAAGUUCUCGGUUCUUGCCUGACGAAUCCCUGUGAACGCGGUGAAUGUCUCCAGCUCACGCAUGAUAGCCAUUCUUGUAGCUGUCCGAAGGGAUAUGACGGUACCAGAUGCGAAGUUCGUAUAAACUACUGCCAAAAGAACCCUUGCUUGAACGGUGGGACAUGUGAACCCUUGCUAGGAGAACAUAAAUGCCAUUGUAUCACGGGUUUCACUGGUGUGAACUGUGAGACGGAUAUUGACGAGUGCCAACUGGGUUAUUGCUCUAAUGGGGCAACUUGUCGGGAUCGAGUUGCAGACUACGAGUGUAGUUGCGAAGGCACAGGAUUCACUGGGAAGAAUUGCACCGUGGAUAUCAACGAAUGUGCAUCAUUAUCAAACUGCUUAAAUGGCUUAUGUACGAACACUAUAGGAGGAUACAGAUGCGACUGUGAAUUUGGAUAUAUUGGUCGACGGUGUUCUAUUAGGGAUCCUUGUCAACCAGAUGCAUUAAAUAGAACGACACACAGCUGCGUCCAUGGAAAAUGUACGAAUCCAGGAGUGAAGACGGAUCAUUUUGGCUAUGAGACUUCCACGCACGAAUGCAAAUGCAAUCGAGGAUAUACAGGACCACAAUGCUCAACGCUGGUUUCCGAGCGCAAAGUUCUGUCAUUGAGCUACAUCCUUGGACCAAUGGUUGCAGUACUAACAGUGCUUAUGAUUCUCGGGUGCACUUUGUUGGCGUUUGUCGUUCGAGGCAAGCGUGCUCUCCAUGGUCACUACAGUCCCAGCCAUCAAGAACGGAACGGUGCUCGACUACAAAUGAACUCUAUGAUCAAACUGCCCCCGGAAGAACGGUUAAUCUGA